UCUCCGAAUAUCUCGACCAACAAUACCCACGACUAUCACCAUCAACAAGGUUCAUUUCCCCCACACCCAUACACCAACCACUUCUCUUCACCAACAACAACCAUCAUGACUGGACGCGGAAAAGGUGGCAAGGGUCUCGGAAAGGGUGGAGCCAAGCGUCACCGCAAGAUUCUUCGUGACAACAUCCAGGGUAUCACAAAGCCCGCUAUCAGACGUCUUGCGCGUCGUGGUGGUGUCAAGCGUAUCUCAGCCAUGAUCUACGAGGAGACCCGUGGUGUCUUGAAGACCUUCCUUGAGGGUGUCAUCCGUGACGCCGUCACAUACACAGAGCACGCCAAGCGCAAGACCGUCACUUCGCUGGAUGUUGUCUACGCUCUCAAGAGGCAGGGUCGCACCCUGUACGGUUUCGGUGGUUAAGCGUCUUCUUUUCAUGUUCUCUUACGAAUCUUCUUCCUCUGGCUGUGGGCUGGGGUGGAAUCUGCGGGUGCGGCGGUCACUGAUGACAAUGGGACACGGGUUUGCUUUUUAGGUGUUAAAGUAUUGUACCAUACGGAUAUGGGAACUCUUCUGGUAUGGGCUGGUGGCCCACGAGAUAAUGAAAUCCACCAAGUGCACAUGU